CUGAGAUUUAGCUUAUAUUCCAAACAAUAGAUGACUUAAAGUGACAAACAACUAACUAUCUUCCAUCUCUGCAGGUUGACAAUAAGUGCGACAGAGAGGGCAAUACUAUAAGCGAUUAUGUCAAAGGACAUUCGUUAACAGCGGUCACCUGUAAUCAAACUACCUGAAAAGUUAUGAUUCUGGAGUUGAUAUUACGGAAAUUUUUGUAUAAAAGCCAGAAUUUUUUCAGAAGUCUUCACUAGCGAUUUCGUCGUUAACGAAAAUACAUCGGUGUUUUUCUGUGGUUCUAAAACUCAAAUUUAGCCUCAAUAGAGUUCUUGUGUGCCUUUUGUGAAAGAACGUUAAAAAUUUUUAAAAUAAAAUUAACGAUAGUCAAAAAAUUUUAAAAUAAAAUUAAAAUUUUUUUUAAAUACUUGAGUCAUAACCAUCCAUAUAACCAUCAGAUCGUGCAUAAUCUUACAUAGAAGAACUAAAAUCCUUUGCUUAAAAACUAACUGCAAGAAAAUAUGGCUCAAAGUGAUAGUCCGGCAGAAGUUUUCAAACGCGGGGACAGUUUUGAAAUGCUCGCAGCGUGUCAGAAUGCUUUGCAUUCUAUUAAGCAACCCGAUGGACCUCUGGCUCACCAGAGGUGGAGCACCGGUGAGGUGUGGGUAAAUUACAAAGAUCAGCUUAUUGCACAUCAUAAUCAACCCAGCGUCAGAGCAGAGGCAGAGGCACUUUUUAGGCAAGGGCAAACAUUUGUUGACAUGCUUAACUGGAAAAUCUUUUUGCAAGCAAAUAAAAAAUUUGAUGAAUAUGAACGGUUGUUAAACGCUGUGGUACGCCAGAACGAACAGGACCAACGCAGUAAACAAAACAAAAAUAAAAAGGCGCCUCAGGCGCCUCGUAUUACCAUAAAAUAUGUCGCCAUAAAUCGUCUGAAUAUUUCACAGUCGGAAUUGGUGAAGAAAUUGCAACGUUAUGCUGUCGCACCACAACUAUUGCGCACCUACGGCUUUCCUGUAGAAAGCAUUAAAUUCCACGGUAAAGUAACCAUAUACAAAAAGUUACCAUGCCUUUCAUAUGAAGCGUCCACCAACACUGACGACAAUGAGGAUCCAAUUGAGUUGGAGCGUCAAUUCGUGCCGGAUGAAGAUAAUAUGAAGAAGCAAUGCGUACGCUGUGAACGUACUUUCAAGGUCACACAAUCUGGCUUUUAUGUAACGCUCGAGAAUUGCACCUUCCAUUGGGGUAAAUUAUUUACAUUAAGAAAUACUGUUCAAUAUACCUGUUGUGCAGGUUCUGAAGAGUCAGUGGGUUGUACCACUAAUUCAGUGCAUGUGUGGAACGGCGUUGUGUCCGGCAUAAAUGGUCCUUAUAACAAUUUCGUACGCACGACAAGCGGUCCACAGUCCGCCGAGGCCAAGGUGUAUGUUUUGGACUGUGAAAUGAGUUACACUGCAAGUGGACUGGCUGCGACCAAAGUUACUGUGAUUGACUUUGAUGGUCAGUUGGUUUAUGAGCACUUUGUGCGACCCAUUGCUGAGAUUGUCGACUAUAAUACGCGUUUCUCUGGUGUGCGCGCGAGAGAUGUAUAUCGGCGCAAUAAAAAUGUAAAGACUCUUCGCCAGGUGCAGCGUGAUUUGCUGAAAAUCAUCGACGCCAACACUAUAUUGAUUGGACAUGGUUUGGAGAAUGACUUACGCGUAUUGCGUAUUCUUCAUAAGACAGUUGUGGAUACGUCCAUUGUGUUUCCACAUUAUAAUGGGUUUCCCCAUCGCCAUUCCCUUAAAUAUUUGGCAAAAACGUACUUGAAUCGUUACAUACAAUUACGCGGCCGAAAUCAUGAUAGUUUGGAGGAUACUCGUAUAUGCUUAGAACUGAUGCUGUGGAAAGUGGGCAUCGACAUGAAGCGCUCAUAAGUGGUGCAUCGGUGGUAAAGGCUAGGAGUGUGCUAUGUCUGUUUGGUGCACCCUAGCGGCAACGCUGUGGUGGCGUGGCUCUUUACAAAUAAAUCAUGCUCUGCAUUGAAUUUCUCAUCGCACUGAGAGCAUUUCGUGCUUACUUAUUCAACGCUGCUGCGUCAAGUUCCUCCACAUUCCAAAGGUGUCUUACCUGGGAAUUUACUUGUUAUUCCUUCCUGUUGAAAUAACAUUCAAUGGUGCACUGUCGCCUCGUCCACCACAGUCCAUA